AUGAACUGGUGGGGUGACUUGAUGGGUGGGCGUGAGGACGUGCGUGUCUCUGCGCAUGGGUGCCUGUGUGGCGAUCGUAUCUUCCCUUUUCCCUCCCACUUUUUUUGUUUGUCUUUGCAUUCUGCACACUCAGAGCUUCUAGCACGAGGGAAAAAAGACUCAGUCUCACAAAGCAUUAUAUCCAGAUACGGCAAUACCCCUGUAGCCACCUUUCUGAGGCCAGGUCUAAUGCUACCAGGACACAGUCAUGCCUCGUACGGCGCCUGUGAUGACAUCGAGGAGACGGAGCAGCUGCGGAGGAGCAGCCUUAUGCAGUCUGUGCGGCUAAGCCUCGCCGCACGUGUGAGCAUCCCAACAGACGGUGGUAUCGGGGAGAAUAUUCAAAUCGAGCUCGAAAAUAUAUUCGCGCGGGCUAACGAAGCCAUGCCACUGUAUGAGAAAUUGGGUGGGGUGAAAGGAGUUGCGGAGAAGCUCGGGACGGACCUCAGCAAUGGUG